AAAUCUAAAUUGUGAUCCUUGAGAAAACCUAAUGAUGGCUAAGAGCACCCCCAUUGAGGGUUCAUGGGGGGAGUUCACACAAAAACCAAGAAAAAAAAUAAUAAAAUAAUUCAAUCUCAUGAACCCUCUCUCUCCUAAAGUUCUCUUGGUUGAACCCCUCUCUCCUAAAGUUCAUCACUGUAGCGCGGGCCCCACGUGUCGUGGCGGCCCGCGAUUGGUCUAACUUUUUUUUUUUUUUUUUUUUUUAAAAAAAAAUCAAAAAGGAAAAGAAACAAAUUUUAAUAAUAAAAAACUAAAAAGAUGAACCCCAAGAGGGGGUUCAUUGAUGUGGAUGCUCUAAGUAGGUCUGUUUGAGUUUUUUCUGAGGUCAUUAUUUUUCCUGUGUUUUGUUUGGGUUUUAGUUAGUAAUCAUCUUUUUUUUACUAAUUAGGUAAUAAUCAUCUUCAUUCACUAAAUUAUAAAUUUAAUUAUUCAUAAGAUUAUUUUUAGGUGCUUAGGUUCAUUGAAUUUUCUUUGAUGAUAUAACUGCUUUUGUCUUACAACAAAGUUGACAUUGAAAUACACAAGAUUUGUCUUUUUUUUUUAAGUAAUUUUCUGAUACUCGGACAUCGAUUCAGUAGAAUCUCGCAACCUUGUUCAUAAUAUUCGACGAAGUCAAAUUAAUGAAGAUGUAUACAAAGUCUAGGACUUUGUUCUUUAACAUGAAAAGUGGUAUAGUACUUGGUUUAUUGACUGACUGCUAAUGUUUAAUAAUUUAAUCUAAGAAACUAAAACUGAGAUGUUAAUCUGAUUCUUAUUUACUUGGAGAUCUACUGACUCCUUGUCCUUGGCCAUGAAACCAUACAACUUCAAACCCUAAAAGUUGAAACCGUAAACCCCAUAAUAUUUUUUUUGUACGUAUGUUGAUAUGAUUCGUAGUAAAAACAGAUGUUAAUUUUAUACGUUAAUCUGAUUCGUAAACAUAAUUUUAUUUAUACGUAUGUUUGAUUUGCUACGAAAACUUUAAAGGAGGCUAAAUAAGCUUCAAGCUUCUUAAAACUAAAGCCUAAUUUGUAAGAUUGACAAAAACAAAAAGAUACAAAUGAUUACAAGGGCAUAGCAUGCUUACCUUCGGAUCCACGCCAUCCUUGAUAUUAUUUUACCAUUUUUUGCCCUUAAUAUCAUUUUAGGAUUCUAAAAAUCUUUAAUAAAAACUGUUUGCUCUUGCUUUUUUUGUUAUUGGAUUUUUAACUGAACAUAUUUUAAUCCUUUUAAAAUUUUUUUUUUACCACAAUUGAUUUUUGUAGUAUACAAUUCAUACACACAGAAAAAGAAAAUUGAUAGGAAAUUGUGCGGUUCAAGUUUGUACAACUCCUUAAGUAUGAUUAGAGAGAAUAGUUUGAAAACAAAAAGUAGGAUUAGUGAGAACCCAACAAAAUAAUUUAUAUUCUUGCUUUCGUUAUAUUCAGUUCUGACCAAUCCUAUUCAGAAAUAUUCGGCAAUAUUAUUCGUUUCCCAUAAAUGACUAUAAAAUAGUAGUUUUUUCCACAUGCAUGAUUCAUGUGAUGCAUGCACUAUUCAGUCUAUUCCUCAAAACCUCUGAAGUUUCUUUUUUCAAGCAUUUCCUAGAUAUCCUUUUCUCCUGUCCUUCCAUUUUUAUAAAGUAAUUAGCUUAGAUCGGAUAUAUUUUAUAUAUAUUUAGCACUAGCUAGAGGUAUCUUUAUAAUACCGAAAAAGAAAAAGAAGCAGAAGAAGGUAGGAAUCUAAUGUAAAGAGACAGGACAAGUUAAAGAGGUUUUCAGAAGACAUAGUUUCACAAGCAAAGGGCAAAGCUAAAAAUCAUGUCUGCAAACAGAAAAUGUCGGGCGGUUCUCACCACAAACCACCAUCACACGUUUCAAUCUCCAAUACAAAAACCAAACACCUUAUAUUCUCAAACCUCGAACCCAUUUUCUUUAUUUCUUGAAGCAUAUCUGCUUGUAAUCGAAAAUGCAGAUCUAUUCUUCUUCUUACUCUCCAUAUUCCACUAAAAUAACCAAUCUUCAUAUGAUAAGAUCGAGUAGCAAUCAUAACCAAGAGAGACAUAACUAUAACUUGAAGCAGAUCUUUGUUCCAAACUCAUGCCCUAACCUCUCUGUUUCAAACACUCAGCAGCUUCCUUUGAACCAAAGUGUUGCUGCCAUUGUGUUCGGAGGAGGACCAGACUCUGAGCUUUAUCCACUGACCAAAACUAGAUCCAAAGGUGCUAUUCCCAUUGCAGCAAACUACAGACUUAUCGAUUCAGUCAUCAGCAACUGCAUCAACAGUGACAUCACCAAGAUCUACGCAAUCACUCAGUUUAAUUCAACUUCUCUCAAUUCACAUCUCACUAAAGCUUACAGUGGAUUCGGACUCGGGAAAGACCGGUUCGUUGAAGUCAUCGCAGCUUAUCAGAGCCUUGAAGAUCAAGGAUGGUUUCAGGGGUCUGCUGAUGCGAUUAGAAGGUGCUUGUGGGUAUUCGAGGAGUUUCCAGUGACUGAGUUCUUGGUUCUUCCGGGACAUCAUCUCUAUAGAAUGGACUACAAUACGCUAAUAGAAGAUCAUAGAAGAAGCAAAGCUGAUAUAACCAUUGUUGGGUUAAGCUCUGCUACAGACCAUGACUCUGGCUUCGGUUUAAUGGAAGUUGAUUCCACUAAUCUCGUCACUAAAUUCACUAUCAGUCCCCUUAAGGGUCAACAAGAUUCGAUCUCCGUUGAGAGCAGAACAAGAAGUGAUGGAACUUCUUCUUGCUAUGUUCCGAGCACAGGGAUUUACGUGAUCGGUAGAGAACAGAUGGUGAAGCUUCUGAGAGAAUGUUUGGUACAAGCGAAAGACAUGGCCAGUGAGAUCAUUCCUGGUGCUAUCUCUCAUGGAAUGAAGGUGAAAGCUCAUAUGUUUGAUGGAUAUUGGGAAGAUGUGAAGAGCGUUGGAGCUUACUAUAGAGCUAACAUGGAGAGCAUUAAGAGUUGCAGAUUCUACGACAAACAAUGUCCUCUUUACACAAUGCCUCGGUGUUUGCCUCCAAGCUCAAUGGGUGAAGCUGUAAUAACCGACAGUAUCAUCGGAGACGGUUGCAUUCUUAAUAAAUGUGUCAUCAGAGGAUCAGUGGUGGGGAUGAGAACACGAAUCGCAGAUGAUGUGCUUAUAGAAGAUUCAAUCAUCGUUGGUUCUAACAUCUAUGAGAUGGAAGUAGAUGCGAGAAGAAAAGGGAAGGAGAAGAAGACAGAGAUUCGAAUAGGGAUUGGUGAAAAGAGUCGAAUAAGAAGAGCCAUUGUAGAUAAGAAUGCUAGGAUUGGACAAAACGUUAUGAUUAUCAACAGAGACAAUGUUGAAGAAAGCAACAGAGAAGCUGAAGGAUAUGUCAUAAGAGAAGGAAUCAUUGUAAUACUUCGAAACGCAGUCAUCCCAAACGACUCCAUCAUCUGAACUUUUUUUCACAUUCUUCAAAAUUCAUCAUUUUUCAAUGUAAAAUAAAUUCUUUUAAAAUGUGAUUUGCAAAAUUCAUCAUCUUACACAUGUACCAAACUUGCUUAAGUUCACAAAUCGAGCAACGCUGGUUAUGCUUCAUGUUUCAAAUUAGUUGUCGUUCUAAAUUUUUUAGGUAAAUUAAAAAAAUGUUCAGUUUUACCAAUAUUUGAAAAUUGUACUGGACGUUUACUCGGUAUUGUACCUAGAUCAA